AUGGUGACGGGUGAUGAGAAGUGGAUCACGUACGACAACCUAAAGCGAAAAAACUCGUGGGCGAAGUGCGGGAAACGAGCAGACCAGAUCCCAUCGGUCAUCACUACAGAUCAUGCACAGAGUGAAGCGGAGCCUAGGCCAGUGGAUAACCAGGGGCAAGUUGAGCUACUCAGGGAAUUCCAGAGGAGAAUGGACCAAAUGCAAAGUAGGUUCGAAGAACAGCAGCAGGCAUACGAAAAGCUGCUUCGGGAAAAGGACCGCGAAAUACAGAAUGCGAUUAAGGAUUUGCAGUCCCAGUUCCAGCGUCGUAUGGAGAAAAGAGAACAGCAGAUACGAGAGGAGUUGGGAACUGAGAAUCGUCAGACAGAUGACGUCAGCAAGGCGAUCGAGCAGAUGCAAAGACAACUCGCAGAGAUGGCUAGAAAACAGGAUUCAGAAACGAUGAGUCUUGAGGAGCGAGUGAGGGCGAUGGAAAUCAGCAGCAGCGAACCUGUCCCAGCGAGGAAUAAUGGUUUGAAUGCGGAUGCGGAUCCAUUCAUUCCUAACGGCCUUCAUCUAUCUUCGACAGUGAAUCCUUCUCAUGAACUCAGCAGGAGUCAACUCGCUGCGCGACACGCGGUGGCAAAGGAGUUACCUACAUUCUCGGGCAACCCUGAAGAGUGGCCUUUAUUCAUCGCCACUUAUGAGAGUACCACAAGGAUAUGCGGCUUUAGCGAUGAAGAAAAUUUGCUUCGACUCCAACGCAGUUUGAAAGGCAAAGCUCUUGAGACAGUUCGUAGUCGGUUGUUGUAUCCAGCAGGACUUGAUGGUGUCAUCAAUACGCUUCGUAUGCUGUUUGGCAGUCCUGAAAUCAUCGUUCACUCGUUAGUUUGCAAGAUUCGGGAAAUGCCAGCGCCAAAGGUGGAGAAAUUGGGAACUCUGAUAGAUUUCGGCGUAGCAGUCCAGAACAUGUGCGCAACGAUUGUGGCGUGUGGUUUGAACGAGCAUCUAUGCAACGUGGCACUCCUUCAAGAACUCGUUGAGAGACUGCCACCUUCUGUGAAGCUCGACUGGGCAAAGCAUCGUCAAACAAUGUCAGCGGUCACACUAUCGGAUUUCAGUAGCUGGUUGGGCACGCUAGUGGAAGCAGCUUGCGUAGUAACGAUUCCAUCGACGAUCAGUAUGUACGUUGGUAGAACUGAGAAGCGUGUCCGAAAGGAGGAAGUUAAUGUCCACAUUCAGUCCGACUCAAAUCAUUUUCCAAACUCUACGAUGUCCUCCAAAAGUACGUCGAAACCAGCCAGCAAGCAAUGCGUUAUGUGUCACGGAGAAUGCAGCAGUGUAGGGUUGUGCCAAAGGUUUCAAGAAUUGGAUAUCGGGGCGCGAUGGGCAGUGCUGAAACAGAAUAAAUUGUGUCGGAAGUGUCUGUCGAAACAUUUCGGAGCAUGUGCAGUAAAGCAAGCCUGUGGUAGAAACGGAUGUUCAUACAUGCAUCACAGGUUGCUACACGACGAUUCCAGAUACCAGCGAAUGGAGAAUCCUCAGAUAUCGAGUCUACAGGCGGAAGCAAUUACACCUACCGAGAAUUGUAAUUUUCACAUUAACGAUGUUAGCAAGAUUCUCUUCCGAUACGUGCCGGUGCUACUUCACGGACGAGGGAAGAUUGUACGCACAUUCGCCUUUUUGGACGACGGUUCGUUAGUGACGCUGAUGGAACAUAGUUUGCUGAAGGAGCUAGACAUUCAAGGUGAAUCAUAUCCCUUGUGUCUGGGCUGGACAGGGGAUUAUCAACGUCAGGAAAUGAAUUCUGUGAAGUUAGCGGUAGAUAUUUCCGGAGUGCACGACAUGAGUACAUAUUGGAUACCGAAAGUGCACACCGUGGACAGUCUCGCUCUACCCCAGCAAACUCUCGCGAUGGAGGAAUUAGCGCGACAUUUUCAUCAUUUGACGGCCUUGCCGGCUGAUUCCUAUCGCAAUGUUCGACCACGGAUACUUAUAGGAAUGGAUAAUUGCCGCUUGGGCCACGCGCUCGACAGCAGAGAAGGAAGAAAAGACGAACCAAUCGCUGCCAAAACACGCCUGGGGUGGAUAAGCGACGCAGAGCUACACAACGCAGUAAAAACGUACUUUUCGUUAGACAGCAUCGCAAUAAGUUCCGUUAAACCACUGAUGUCGAAGGACGACGAGCGAGCCGAGAAAUUGUUGAAAUCUCUGACUAAUGUGAACAAGGGGCGCUAUGAAACUAGAUUACUCUGGCGGUAUGAUGAUGUUCGAAUGCCAGACAGCAAAUCAAUGGCAAUGAAGCGGCUGAUAUGUCUGGAAAAGCGAAUGCAACGGGACCCUGAUCUAGCUGAAGCUCUGAAGGAGAAACUUAGGGAUUACGAGCGAUCUGGGUACAUCGUAAAACUGACGGAGAACCAACUAGCCGAGAGAUUCGAACGCGUGUGGUACCUUCCAAUAUUCCCUGUUGUCAAUCCCAAUAAGCCGGGAAAGUUGCGCAUAGUGUGGGAUGCAGCCGCAAAGGUGGCGGGUGUUUCGCUGAACUCGUUCCUGCUAACUGGACCAGAUCAACUUACUUCUCUUCUAUCCGUUUUACAACGCUUCCGAGAAUUUCGCAUUGCCAUAACGGGCGACAUUCGAGAGAUGUUUCUUCAGGUGUUGAUGAACUGGCGCGAUCAACAGUGUUUGAGGUUUCUAUGGCGGAACGGAGAAUCAAAUCGUAGCCCAGAUGUCUAUGUCACAAAGGUAAUGACUUUCGGGGCAACCUGCUCACCCAGCUGUGCACAAUAUGUGAAGAACCACAAUGCGCAACGAUUUCAGGAUAAGUUCCCGAGGGCAGCGGAGGCGAUAAUUAGAGAGCAUUACGUUGAUGAUAUGCUGUCCAGUGUGGAGAGAGAAGAUGAGGCGAUUAAGCUAGCUGUAGAUGUCCGAUUCAUUCACGCAGAGGCAGGUUUCGAACUAAGAAAUUGGCUGUCAAAUUCGAAUCGAGUACUGCAGGAGCUGAAGGCAAAUCCAGGAGAGAAGAGCUUGAAUCUGUUGAGCGAAAUGGGAACCGAGCAAGUUCUGGGAUUGUGGUGGUGCACCGCAGCCGACACCUUCACCUUCAAAAUGUCUUCGAGAAUAAAUGUCGAUCUACUGCAAGGUCAUAUUGUGCCAACCAAAAGGCAGAUUUUGAGUACGCUGAUGACGAUCUACGACACACUUGGACUACUUGCGAAUUUCCUUAUGUUCCUGAAAAUCCUGCUCCAGGAAAUUUGGCGUAGUGGCAUAAAUUGGGACGAACCCAUUAAGAGCGAACAGUGGGAGAAAUGGCAAAUAUGGUUGCAAGUACUUCCGCAAGUGGAAUCCGUCAGUGUACCCAGGUGUUACCGGAUAAAAACGAGUACAAGCGGUCAAAACGAAUUUCAACUCCAUGUGUUCGUAGAUGCAUCCGAAAACGGAUAUGCCGCAGUUGCCUACCUCCGGUUCGAAGAAGAUGGCGAAGUGGAAUGUGCGCUCGUCGGCGCGAAAACAAGAGUAGCUCCGUUGCGAUUCGUGUCGAUUCCCAGACUUGAACUUCAGGCAGCAGUUAUCGGUGCCCGUUUGGCGAAAGGUAUCAUGAUGUCUCACCAGCUUAAACCAACAAAACAGUUUUUCUGGACGGAUGCGCGUGACGUUCUUUGCUGGUUGAAUUCCGAUCACCGGAGAUACAAUCAAUUCGUCGCAGUGCGGAUCAGUGAAAUUCUAGAGUUGACCGAGGUUAACGAAUGGAAUUGGAUUCCGACGAAACUGAAUGUUGCUGACGAUGCGACGAAAUGGCAGAAACUCCCGGAUUUUUCUCCUGCUAGUCGUUGGUUCCGUGGUCCACAAUUCUUGUGGGAGGCAAAGGAAGAGUGGCCUGUUGCAGUAUCGAGCUUCGAUUACACCGCAGAAGAGAAGCGACCCAAUGUGCUACAUCAUUCCGUCAAGCGUGUCCUGUUUAGGUGGGAAGAUUUCCCUAAAUGGAAGCGGCUGCUGCGUCAUGUUGCAUUCGUACAGCGGUAUCCAUCGAAUCUACGCAAGAAAUUAUCGAAGGAGCCCAUCGUCACCGGCCCAUUGACACAAGAAGAGCUUCGAAAAGCAGAGUUGUUAAUUCUCAAACUGGUUCAGAAUGCUGAAUUCGUUGCAGAGAUAGCUGCAUUACAGAAACCGAAGCCUGCACCAUGGAAGAACGCAUUGCCCAAGAGUAGCUCGCUGUAUGGGCUCAGUCCGUUUCUGGAUGAAGAGGGGCUGCUGCGAAUGAAAGGACGUAUAGAUGCUUGUGAAGACGUCGAUGAUUGUAUGAAGCGCCCGAUACUGUUGCCGAAGUGUCAUCCCGUUACCGACCUCAUUAUAUCCAGUGUUCAUCAGCAUUUCUGUCACAUGAAUCACCAGACUACACUCAACCAGAUUCGGCGUAGAUUUUACGUGCCUCAGCUACGGUCGGCCUACAAACGCGUACGAACACGGUGUCAGCACUGCAAGAAUCGCCAGGCGAAGCCAGUUGCUCCAGAAAUGUCAGCUCUGCCACCCGCACGCCUGAAGGCUUUCUGUCGUCCAUUUUCCUACGUUGGCAUCGACUACUUCGGUCCAAUACAUGUAGUUGUUGGCCGGAGGACCGAGAAACGAUGGGGAGUGCUGAUCACAUGCCUAACGGUGCGAGCGAUACAUCUUGAAGUUGCUCACAGCCUCACAACCGACUCAUGCAUUCUCGCCAUCAGAAACUUCAUCGCCAGGAGAGGUACCCCUCUGGAGAUAGUAAGCGAUCGCGGUACCAACUUCAUCGGAGCAAGUCGAGAAUUGAAAGAAGCGUUACAAAAAAUGGACCACGAAAAGCUGAUAGAGCACUUCGUCACCACUGAUACGAAAUGGUCUUUCAACCCUCCUGCAUCUCCACAUUUCGGAGGAGCCUGGGAACGCCUUGUUCAAUCCGUGAAGAAAACCCUGAAGCAACUCCAAGUCACACGCACACCCACCGAUGAACUAUUGAAGAACAUGCUCUCAGAGAUCGAACUAAUCAUCAACUCACGACCUCUAACGGAAUUGCCAUUAGAUGACGAGUUUUCCCAAGCUCUCACUCCGAAUCAUUUUCUGAUCGUGUCAUCCGAUGGUUCAAAGCCCCCGUUCACGUUUGACGACAGCAGUUACGCUCUGAAACACACCUGGAAAUCCUCCCAAGUUUACGCAAACCGGUUUUGGCGUCGCUGGGUAGCUGAAUACCUACCAACUCUCACUCGGAGGACGAAAUGGUUUAGCCACGUCAAGCCAAUCGCAGAAGGGGACAUCGUCGUCAUCGUUGAUGAGACUCUGCCGAGGAACUGCUGGCCGAAAGGUCGAGUUGUCCACGCAAUUCGGUCCAAGGAUGGACAGGUUCGUCGUGCUCUGGUACAGACCUCGACUGGAGUGCUAGAGAGGCCAGUCGUGAAGAUCGCUGUGUUGGACGUAGGUGCAAGCCUGCAAAUCGAGAGAACGAAGAUUCUUAAAAAUAACCCAACCUCCAACGAACUAAACAAACGAGACACUAAACGUAAGUUCUCUAAAUCUAAAUCUAGCUGCAACACAGAAAAACUUAUGAUAGUAGUUGUUUGGGAAAAUUGCUCGUAUGGUGCAUCGUCGACUUGUCACAUACCUCGUGGGUUGUUGUUACCUGAGCGCGGAGCGCGUGCUGGCAAGGGAACCGAGCUUUACCUAGCUACGAUGGAAAGAGUCAUUAGCGAUGCAAUGGAAGACAGGAAGCACGUAGACUGUGCCCUGCUAGACCUUUCGAAGGCCUACGACAAGGUAUGGAGAGAACCGAUAAUCCACACCCUGCGGAAAUGGAGGGUAUCCGGCUUGAGCAUUCUGCAGGAUACCCUCCAUUUCUACAAAGCUUCCUAG